CCGAACGCUCACAACGCUUCCGGGAGGAGUUGCCUUUUGAAAUUUUCCUCCUCUUGCGUCCCCCCCGGGAGAACUUUGGGGUUUUGGAGACUCGAUUCUAAGUUUUUCGACAUGGCGCCUGCCCCCGUGAAAGGUGCAAAAAAUCCCGAAGCGGAAUCGCAGGACGACAAGCCCGUCCCCAAGAAAUCGCUGUUCGAGGAUUCGGAUUCCAGCGGCAGCGAGGAUGACCAGGAGGACGGCGGGGCCACGUUAGGCACCUCGGCGGAGCUCAAGAUCAACGAGGAGUACGCCCGCCGGUUCGAGCACAACAAGAAGCGGGAGGAGUUGCACAGGCUUCAGGAGAAGUAUAAAUCGAGCGGCCUCGGGGACGAGGAGUCCGAGGAGUCGUCUGAGGACGAAACCGAGGAUGAUGAUGCCGAAUUGAUCACCGAAGAGCUGGAUGCCGAGAUCUCGGCCACGUUACAGGCCAUCAAGAACAAGGACCCCAAGAUCUACGACAAGAAUGCCGUGUUCUACAAGCCCUUCGACCCGGAUGCCCUCCCGAAGAAGAAGGAGGAGAAGCCGAUGUAUCUGCGUGACUACCACCGCGAGCGGUAUUUGAGCGGCGAUAUUGGCGCUGACGAUGACAAUGGCUCCGCUCCCAACGCCCCCCGGACCUACGCGCAGGAGCAAGACGACAUCAAGAAGUCCAUCAUCUCUGAGAUCAAUGCCGCCGCUGCCGCUGCCGACGAGGAGGAAUGGAGUGACGACGACGCCUUCAUAAAGCCUGUCAAGAAGGACGAGGCGCCGGCAGAAAACGGGGUCCAUCCGUCUCGGAAACCCAACAUUACUCUCACGGAGGAGGACGUCGCCAACGCGGACAAGAACCCGGAGGAGUUCCUGAACAAGUUCAUCGCGUCCAGGGCCUGGGUUCCCGAAGAUGGUGGCUCCAAGUGGCAAGCAUUCGAGUCGGAUGAGGGCGAGGACAAUGGCGAUCUCGCUGAAGAGUUCGAGCAUGCCUACAACAUGCGGUUCGAGGACCCCGAAAAGAGCAACGAGUUCCUGAAGACGUACUCGAGAAGCCUGGCUGCGGCCCGCUCCGUGAGGAAGGAGGAAUUGACGGGCAGGAAGAAGAAGAGAGCUCUGGAGAAGGAACGGAAGGAGGCAGAGAAGAGAGAGCGUGAAGCCGAGCGGGCCCGGCUGCGGCGUCUGAAGAUCGAAGAGGCGUCAGAGAAACUCGCCAAGAUCAAGAAAGCCGCUGGCAUGAGGGGCCAGAAACUCACGGACGAGGAGUGGUUGAAGUUCCUGGAUGACGCGUGGGAUGACGACAAGUGGGAGGAGGAGAUGAAGAAGCGGUUCGGCGAUGAUUACUACGCCGAACCCGACGACAUGUCUCUGAGCGAAGAAGAGGAGGACAGCGAGGAUGAAGGAGGGAAGAAGAAAAAGAAGAAGAAGAAGCCAAAGAAGCCCAAGUGGGACGACGACAUCGACAUCAACGACAUCGUUCCCGACUUUGAGGACUCGGCCAAGCCCGCCAUCACCCUUUCCGACGAGGACGCCGGCGCAGCGGAGCAGGAAGAGGACGACGGGGAGGCGACGUCCGACGGAGAGGAGGAUUCGGACGGGGAGCGGCCGGCCAAGAAGCGCAAGACGAGCAAAGAGAUCAAGAAGGAGCGCAUCCGGGCGAAGCGCGAGGCCCGCGCCGAGCUCGCCAAGAUCGAGGCCCUCGUCGACACCAAGAUGGAGCUCGAGAACCCGCGCGCCCUGCAGUCGCUCGGCAAGAAGGCCACCGGCGGUUUCCGCUACCGCGAGACCUCGCCGCAGUCCUUCGGCCUCACGGCGCGCGACAUCCUGCUGGCGCCCUCGGACGCCGCCCUCAACGAGUUCGCGGGCCUCAAGAAGCUCGCCACCUUCCGCGACGAGGAGAAGAAGCGCAGGGACCGGAAGAAGCUGGGCAAGAAGGCCCGGCUGCGCAAGUGGCGGCGCGAGACGUUCGGAAAGGAGUACGAGCACACCGGGCCCACCUUUGGGUUCGAGGCGCUCCUCGCCAACGACAACACGGACGCCAAGGGCAAAGGCAAGGGCAAGGGCACCGGGGCGAAUGCCGUCGCUGCCGGCUCCGGCGCCGAUAAGAAGAAGGGCGCUGCGGAGGGCAAGCCAGAACCGGUCAAUGGGAUCAUCGAGGGGGAGAGGAAGAAGAAGAGGAAGAGGUCGAAGAAGAAGAAGAGCAGCGCUGCUAUGGAGCUGGACGAAUAAAGGGUUUCUUGAUCGCUCAGAGAAUAUCAUUGCAAGCGGCGUUGGGUCGGUUCAAUUUUGUGAGAUUCGGCUGUACUUGAAGUUCCCAGUCUAGCCCCUCCUGGAGAUCUUGUAUGUAUGUCUAUCGUUCAAAGUGCUUCUGGGAUCAUUCAGCUUCUUGACCAGUUCUUGUUUCACGAGUUGCCUCAAACGGCCCAU